UUUUUGCUCUAGUUUCAGCUGUCAUACUCAGACAAGCAGAGAUACGAGAUGGAGGAGAGGCCAGAUGCUCAGAAACAAAUCCUGGUUGAGAUCGCAAAGAAACUGCCCAUCUUUACUCGAGCUCAAUCUGGAGCUAUCAGGUUCUGCGACCGCUGCCAGGUACUGAAGCCUGACCGCUGUCACCACUGCUCGGUUUGUGAAACAUGUGUCUUGAAGAUGGACCAUCACUGUCCUUGGGUGAACAACUGUGUGGGCUUCUCCAACUACAAGUUUUUCCUGCUCUUCCUCUCCUACUCCAUGCUGUACUGUGUAUUCAUUGCAGCAACAGUCUUUCAGUAUUUCCUCAAAUUCUGGGUGGGGGACUUGCCAAAUGGGCCUGCAAAGUUCCACGUCCUCUUCCUCAUGUUUGUGGCGCUCAUGUUCUUCGUCAGUCUCAUGUUCCUCUUUGGCUACCACUGUUGGUUGGUGGCCAAAAACAGGUCCACUUUAGAGGCCUUCUCAGCUCCUGUUUUUGUCAGUGGACCAGACAGAAAUGGCUUCAAUGUUGGUAUACGCCGAAACCUGCAGCAGGUAUUUGGAGAGAAUCGGAGACUGUGGUUCAUCCCCGUCUUCACAAGCCAAGGGAAUGGCCACUACUUCCCCUUAAAGAAUCGGAGUUCUGAAUCCCACAACCCCUUAUUAGCUAAUGAGGACAUGUGGGAGGAGUCAGAUGACGGCUCUGAGGAAGGAAGCCUGGUUGAGGACCAAGACCCCUCUGUUACCAUAGAGAUGGAGGAAUAGUAAUUUAAUGUAAGGACAAUUUACACUGGUACAGAAGAUGUAUAUUAAUAUCGCUCACACUGUGUAUGAGGCAAAUGCAUUCAAAAAUCAUGUGGAUGUUCAGACACUCUGAAUCUCAAUCUGAAGGGGGGCAGGCGUGUGGAUUAAAACCCGCACUUGGAUCGCCAUUGCCAUUGUUACCCAGGGGGUUUUACAUAAUGAUGUAUGGAGAAGCUUGAUGGACAACCAGUAGCAUCACCUCUCCUCUCGUGGACAACAGUAUCAGUUUGAUUUGGUAUAAAAAAUAAAAAAAAACCUGUCAAAUAUUACCUCCAAAAAAACAACUGCUAUUAACUGUACCAUGCGCCGUUGUAUAUUUCCCUCUGGUUGUUCAUCUCAAGGCACUGACCUCUGUGGGAUUAUAAAUUACUGUUAAUUGGGAAGCUUCUGUCUGGCACUGUACUAUUUUAUAUGCCUCUGUUUCAGUGUUGGGCUGUGAAUUUACAGUGUUGCACCUUUAGAGCUUGGUCUGUGCGGGGUGGUAUCUAAAUUGACCUCACACCCAUAAUGCUCCAGAAGUCUCUUGUAGUGAUUCCGUUGUCUGGCCUCUACCAGUUUGGGUCUUGCAGCAUAUUAACAUAAGCUUUUACUUACUUUAUUUUUAUUUUUUUUCAAUGAACAUACGCAUAU